AUCAACAAAACAAACAUAAAAAAUCUGUCCAUUUUUUUAAUACCCAUCUUCUUCAAUUUAAGAAUUUAAGAAUCAAAUUGUAGUUGCAAGAUGAGUUCAACAAGCAGAGCAUGGAUUGUCGCUGCUAGCAUGGGAGCUGUGGAGGCUCUGAAAGAUCAAGGUAUCUGCAGAUGGAACUAUACUCUCAGGUCAGCCCUCCAGCAUGCCAAGAACCAUGUCAGGUCUGCUUCUCAGGCCAGGAACCUCUCUUCCCAAUCCUCAGCUGCAAUUUCCAAAGGACUGAGCAGGGAUGACAAGUCUAGACAGUCAGAAGAGUCGUUGAGGAAAGUCAUGUACUUGAGUUGUUGGGGUCCAAACUGAGUCAUAAUUUAGAUCAAUUUAUUAGAAACUGGAAGCAAGCAUCGUAUGGGUGAUUCGAAACAAGGCUCCAGGACUGAGCGAACAAACAUACUCGGGCAUGGCUGAGCUUUUCAUGGGUGUAUUUACGAUGUAUAUAGCUUACAAAAUGAUAUAGCAGAGUAAUAUUUGUCCAAUCAUCCUAUAACUAAUGGAAAUGAAUUUUCACAA